GCCUAACAUACAAAUCUAGGGUUCUCCAUACCCAGAUGAAUGGGAGAACUACUCCAUGGCGAAGAAAGCAAAAGCAGAAUCAGACACGGAAUUCAUAUUGCGAAGGAUGGAUUCCUGCUUCUGGACGUUGAUUGGCACUUCUCCAAGCUCAAGCUGGCCUCCAAUGGUGUUGAAGAUCAAUCUAGGGCACUUGGGAACUCUUGCUCGUCACUUUCUCUCUCUAGAAGUCGUUCUAUCUCUCAAAAACUCGAAUCCCCCACGAAUUGUGGCUGAAAAUCUGCUUAAAAGAAGAAAACCCCGACUCACACGGCCAGGGUGGCACGGCCGUGCAGCUCACCCAGUUGCCCAUGUGAGUCAAAACGCAGCGUAUCACUUAGUUGAAUUCCAGGCUCUUUGCAAGGCCAGAAUGGCACGGCCGUGUGAACUCUCCUUCCUGCCCGUGUUUGCUCUCGCAGAAUGUGGCACGGCCAACCCGGCCACUUGCACGGCCGUGUGGAUUGUCUGCUCUGCCCGUGUGUGCUCUCGGCAAAACUCGCACGGCCAGGCCAUUCCUUCACACGGCCGUGUGAACAUCAGGGCAGCCCGUGUGACCUCCUUUGUGACUUGCCUCGCGCCCGAUCUUCGCCCAAUCGACCCCGAACUCGCUCCUAAACCUUCAUUCACUUGCCAGGACCUGAAAUAUCACAAACAAGCACAACCUAGCGUGAAAUCGGUCUAAAACACGAGAAACCACAUCUCCAACGGUGUAAGAACAGGGGUGAAAACAUGUGUAACUAACGGUCUAUCAAACUCCCCCACACUUAACCGUUUGCUUGUCCCCAAGCAAACCUAACUCAAACCAAUGCAACUCUCCAGACCUCUAUAGCAACAAACAACCCAUAUCGUAGGUAGAGGACUUCCUAGAUCAUUUAGCAGCUUACGAGGUCAACCGACGCACAAGUCAUCUCAUAACUUCUUCGGCAAGUCGGCAUCAUGGCAAAUAGUGAACAGAGGACAAAUGAAUUGUGGAUGAAGAGAUUCUCAAAAACAAAGAAUCAUGGACUCA